AUGGCGAAUAGCACCCAAGCUGUUGCUCCGUAUGCUCUUCGUUUUUAUCAAGGUCCAGCUCAAGGAACGAAUACCGUAUCAAAUCAAUCAUCAAUACAACAAGUUCGAUUGAAUGUAACAGAUUUGCCGUCAGCUAGUAAUUUGGAAAGCGUCCCAACAAAGCCGUGGAAACCAAUGAUCAUUGUUUUGACUGUGCUAGUUGUUGUUGUAUGUGGUGCUGCUCUUGGUAUUCCAUUUCUAGUAGCAUAUUUUAAUUCAGCAACUACUACAACAUCAACAACAAGCACAACAACCACUGCUACAACAACAACGACGACAACAACAACCACAACGACAACCACUACCACUACGACCACUGCGACCACAACAACUACGACAACGACAACUACAACAACGGCUAACCUACCAGCAGCUUGUUCGUCUUACACAACCAUAUCAGAUGCAACAAGAAGUGUCACUUACACGACCUUCGUCGGAUGCGACUCAUCGAGUUUUAGCUCAAGUGGACAGUGGGUGCGAUUUACUGGCUCGGGUGGUACCACUAUACCUACUUAUGUGCCUGGUACCUCAGUAUGUGGCACGAGCGCUACAGGAUGGUACGCUAGUGCGAUGCCAAGUUCUGGUGCAAUUGUUAGUGGAACAUUAUGCUACGACUGGAGUACUACUUGCCAAUGGUCAACUUCAAUUGAAGUAGCAAAUUGCAAUACAUACUAUGUUUAUUUAUUAUAUCCGUCACCUACCUUAGAACAUGCAAGUAUUCCGAUCGUUACCAAUGGACGACGAUCACUGGGCCUGACUUAUGAUCAAACAGACCAACCUGACAAGUUACUGAAAAAUUUACAAGUGGCUGCAAAUAGUUCAGUCAAUAAACUUUAUUUAACCUGUGAAGUUGGACGAACAAACAUACCAGUAACACCGAAUUAUCCAGUUUGUAGUGACUUGUUGCUUCGUCAUCUACGAUUUACGACUUUUAACUUUGAACCAGAAUCAAUACAAAACGCAGUUCGUAUAAUGAUCGUUGAGCGAAUACUUGAUGCAUCACCAAAUCUUUCACAUUUGGUAACAGAGUGGGAAGAUUUUCGUCAUUGUUCAAAAUCAUAUUCAAAUUUGAAACAUUUACGUCUCAUAGCAGAUAGAGUACAUUCGAAAGAUGAACACUAUUUUAAUGUUCAUCAAUUAACUCAAUUAGCACCUCAUCUGCGUCGUCUUGAAACCGGCGGUGCAAAUAUUUUGCUCAAUACAGAUUUAGUUAAUUUUGUUUUAGAAAUAAUUCAUGAAUUUCAUCGACUGAUUGAAUUAGUAAUAAACAAAGGUAAUCUUUGUCAAUCUAAAGAACAGAUAAGAAAAGAAUCAUUAAUAACAGCUGUUCAUAAUGGAUUAUUUGAUUGUAAUAAUAUUCGAAUUGAUUUUUGUUUUCGUGAUUGGUUAUAUGUUUGCCUUUGA